GAAGUAUUUUUUUAGGUUGUAAAUGUAGGUCAGCGCAGCGAAGAUCAUAGUCAGAGUUGCUUGCACUAUUAUUGUAAAAAUACAAUAGACCUCAUUGGCAACUGUUCUUUUAAGCAUUCCCGCACCUUUAAGUUGCUGUUGGAGCCUGCAAGGAAAUCCGCGUUUACGAGCGGUAGGCGGACCUCAUUCAUUCAUUCAUUUACGCAAGUUGGGGGUGUAAAAAAAAAGACAACCCAAGAUGUUUGUAGUUUCCAAGCUCUGUGACCACGCAGCUGUUCGUGACCCCACCUCCUGCUCUUCAUCCUCCUCCCCUCCUCCUCCUCCUCAGCUCCACACAGCUUGUUCUCCUAAAACAAGAAGUGCCCAAGCAACCAGGUCACUCUGGUUCCGAGCCAUCUUUCCCGUCCGAAAAGCUCGUGCGAUGCGAUUCGUUCGCGCGGGGCCCAAGAAGAAGGAACAAGUCGAUCGGAGAUGAUGGAUUACUCCAAGGGCCAAAUGUCCAGCUUAUCUGAGGAGGGCAGCUCCGCAAGAUGCCCCCAGCCCAGUCCUGCCGGCCUGAAGCUGGAGGCGUUGAUGGAGCACCUCCAGAGACAGCAAGUAGCCAAACAGGACAUGAACCUUCAAGAGAAACACCUCCUUCAAGCUCAGCUCCUCUUUGCCCAACACGCUGCUACUGCUGCUGCUGCGAGGGCACCACAGCAGGACCUAUUCAGCAAAGCGGAUGGACUCACUCAGCAAGCUAUGAACAGCCAUCUAAGCCGAGUUAAUACGGGGGAAGAGCAGGAUGACGAUGAUGGUGAGGAUGACGACGACGGUGACUCUGAUGAGGAGGAAAUGGGGGCGGAUGCAGAGGACAGCGAGCCUCAUAAGGAAGCCAAGAAGCUCAGACUGCAGCCGGUUAUGGGCCCCCCUUUCAACUCUUGCCCCGGGCUUCAACCAGCAGCCGGCAAGUCGUCUCCUCCUCCUCCGCCUCCUGUUGCCAUAAAACAGGAGCAGGAAGAGAAGGAGGUGUUGUCUCCUGUUGGUGCACCUGCCUUCAUGUCGGCCAACGGCUUCACGGACUGGGCCUACGACGAGCCUCUGAAACAAAGAGCUCCCAUCUGGGCUGAGGAGAACGAAGGAGGAAGAGGCAGAGCAGAACCAUCCAGGGACUUUGCAAAGCUUUACGAACUGGACAAUGACCCCCAGCGCAAGGAAUUUCUUGAUGAUCUGUUUGUCUUCAUGCAAAAACGAGGGACGCCUGUGAACCGCAUCCCCAUAAUGGCCAAACAAGUGCUGGACCUGUACAAACUUUAUAAGCUUGUGACAGAGAAGGGAGGCCUGGUGGAGGUCAUCAACAAGAAGAUUUGGAGGGAGAUCACCAGAGGUCUCAACCUCCCGACGUCCAUUACCAGUGCGGCUUUCACUCUGCGCACGCAGUACAUGAAGUACCUGUAUCCUUUUGAGUGUGAAAAGAAGGGUCUGAGUUCUCCAGGGGAGCUGCAGGCGGCCAUCGACAGUAACCGUAGAGAAGGUCGGCGUCCCAGCUACACCAACAGCCUGUAUCGCUAUUCGCCCUCUCCAAACGCCGCUCCGCACAACCUCCUCUCAUCGCCCACGAUGCAGACCUCCACCUCUGGACACAACACUUCCAGUCAGUCAAUCAGCCCAAAUGUGAAGAAAAAUCCAGAUGAGGCUUCAACUCCAGUGAUUCCCAGCCGGCUGCCCAUGGCACUGGCACUCGGGCAGCAGCAGCAGCAACAGCCGCCGCAGCAGCAACAACAACAUCAUCAACAGCAGCAGUUGGCCCAAGCAGCCACUCUGGAGCAUCUACGUGAGAGGCUGGAGCGUGGCGUAGGGGGCGCUCUUGCUGACGGGCCAGAGAAGAAAAUGAUGCGUCUGGCAGAGGAGCAGCAGCGCCUCAUGCAGCAGGCGCUCCAGCAAAACCUCCUGGCGAUGGCCUCCCACUUCAAUCCCCUGAAUUUCAAGCUCAACAAUGGUCAUGAGAGCAAACAGGAUUUGUCCCUGAGUAUCUCCACCAAUGGAGCGGCCAGUAUUAGUGUUUCUGUGGAAGUCAAUGGCACCCUGUACUCCGGAACCCUGUUUGCUCAGAAGUCCGGACCGCCAGUGGUUUCGCAGGCUGUCACUCCAGCAGGGACGAGCGGUUUCAGUGCCUUCUCCUCCUCUCACAGCCCCUCAUCUUCAUCCUCCACCUCCUCAAAGGGACCAAAUUAAAGAUCAGUUGUUCUUGUUUUUUUUUUUUUCUACUCCAUUCUCACCCUUGUCAUUAAGCAGUAUAAAUUAUAGGAGCUCUAAAGUCAGGCAAGAAUUGUUUGAAAUACGUCUGCCACUCGGUCUAAUGUCUUGUUCUUUCAGUCUAUCGGCCUUGACACACUUGGAUGUUUUUUUUAUGAUACGUUUGCUGUUAGUUUGCGUUCAUGUUGUCAAGCAUGUGGCCUCGGAAAGCUUCGAAACGUAACUUGCUAAUCUUAGUUCCUGAUGUAAGCUUUUUUUGAAUCGUAGUGAUGUUCACAUGUUGAAGUGUCUUUAGUGCUGAGAGAGAAUCAAAGCUGUUUUUGCAACCUCUUUAGCUAGUUUGUCAUCCUGUUCUGCUGCCUAUGGAACAGCGGUGUUGCCAAAGUGAAUGAAGACCAAAAAAGCCUUAGCUCAGUGUCGUAGUUCUGUUUCGUGACCAGUGCAUAUGAUUUAAGCCGACAGAUGGCUGGUUAUUGCGAGUAGUUUUCAUGGCAACCUUCAGGGAAAUGUAUACACUUUCAGGUACCGCAGGACCUUAUGUAUUUAGAAGGAUUUUUAAGAAACAUUUGCUGGUUGGAGUUUUUAUUUGUAUUUUAUUUUCUUUAUUUAAUUAUUGUAGUUCUGCCUCGAACAUAUCUGCUGGGAGUCAUUUGUGUAGAAGAGAUGCCAUACUUACCUCAUUUGAUCAAUUGUUUUUUUGGGGGGGGACUUUCUGAACUCAGGAAUGUCCACUGGACCCAUAACUCUGCUGUGAUGUAUUUUUGUACAGGCGACGAAUGUAUCAUUAUUGACCUCACGUUGGACUGAACCAGUGCUACCUCAAUCCUUGAAAGAAAUAUGCAAUUCUUAAAGCAGCGGGAGCUGAUGUAGCCAUCUGCUGACGUGUACUGUAAGUGGACAAUCAAGAAAAAUUGCCAACAAGAUGUUACUGAGAACUUGACAAGUGUGAACACCAAGGCCCUGUUUUGGUCUUUGACAACAUAUUAGUUGGAUGUACGGUCAUGUGGAAUAAAAUAAUCGUGUGCUGUCCAAUUGUUCUCCCCCCCUCCUCCUUAACCAAACAAAUUAACUUGAGCAUUUUUUUUUCAGGAUAGGCCCAAUUUUCGGAUGUCUAAAAGAUUCAACCUUGGACAAUUGUCAUGUGGUGUGUUAACAAAAAAAUCAAAUAAAUACUUGCCAGUGGGCAAGCUGGUUUAUG